AUGCCAUUGCCGGGCUCGAACCUGCUGGCGCCUAUCCUCCAGACCGUCACCGCCUUCUCACGCCACCUCCUCAUCGGCCCCGAUUCCGGCCCCAACAACCACCGCCUCCACCCCCUUCUAUCGCUCUCCCUCUCCCCGCCGCCGACCCCACCGCCGCCGCCGGAGGUCCUGAAGGCAAUGAAUGUGCAGAAGAAGGAUGCCAAGGCGGCGCCGCUGACGAAGGAGGAGGUCGGCCGGGCCACGUGGAUGCUACUCCACACCAUCGCAGCACAGUUCCUUGAUGAACCAACGAUGCAGCAAAAACGGCAUGCGAAGGAGCUGAUGCAUAUAAUUUCAAGACUAUAUCCUUGCAAAGAAUGUGCUGAUCACUUCAAGGAAGUUUUGAAAGCAGACCCUGUGCAGGCACGAUCUCAGGCUGAAUUCUCCCAGUGGUUAUGUUAUGUGCACAAUGUGGUUAACCGAAGCCUUGGAAAACCAAUAUUUCCCUGCCAAAGAGUAAAUGCACGGUGGGGUAAGCUGGAUUGCCCUGAACGCUCGUGUGAUCUAGAAGGCGGCAACGACAUCAUGCCAAACCGAUGACACCACCAAGAAAUUUUCUAAAAUUUCCACCGUAGUGAUAAUUUUAUUAUUUCAAACUACUAGUAAUAAAUGAGAAAUACCAGGGGGAAUGGGGACAAGGAAAGAGAAUUCGGACGCCAUGCAGGCAUAUCUAUCUACCCGCCUCUCUGUAUCCUUGGCGAUUUGGUACUAGCCUGCUAGAUGUGAA